CAAAUCGGCGCAAGCUGCAUCAUCGGCGGAAAAUAAACGUCAGAUUUGAGAUAUAGGUUACGUACGUCCAGAGCAAAUGGAGUUGAGUUCGUACAAAUAUUAAAAAUUAACCCCUCAAUUAAAUAAAAAAAUGUAAAUUUAUUAUAAGACAAUAUAAAUAUAAAUAUAUAAAUUAGUGUCAACAAUAAUUCAAAUUUAAAAAAAAAUGUGGACAAUCAAAACACCGUCUCUGAGAAUUGACGUCGCUGAUCUCAAGUGUAAAAAUGGUUGUGGAUAUUUUGGUAAUGAUGAAUGGGAAGGAUACUGCAGUAAAUGUCACCGCGAGCAUCUCCAGAAAAAACGGGCACUCAGAGAACGUCAGAUCCAAGCGCAACAUCACGAAACAGAGGCUUCAUCUAGACCUGGAACACAUGGAGUCAAUAAAGUCGAAGACAAGAAACGUCAACAAGAGAAAAAAAAUAAACUCCUCAAUAUCUCAGCAUUUUGGAAACCGCCAACUAAAUCUCAGGGUCACGAAGAAUUACUAAGAGAACUUGUCCACCACAAUGAAGACUUGGACAAAGUAAAGACCGAAAAUCGUGAGCUGAUAAUGCUGAUUGCUAAAACUCCCGCUGAAAAAGAUAUUAAAAAAUGUAUUCACUCGUUGGUCAGUAAUAUUUUACAGAAUAGAAAUGCUAAGAAAAUAGAGGAACUGUCAGAGAUAACACAGAAUUUUUAUCAAGUAUUCGCUAAACGUAUGGAAAAUAGUCCCAAUUACGGGAACAUUGCGCCGGAAGUCAAAGAAAGAUUAUUAGAUUACGUGGAAAGACACUCGAUGACGUUACUGUACCGGGUUUUGUUCUGUCCUCCUUUCACAUCCGACGAGGAGAAGGACUUGGCCAUUCAGAAAAGGAUAAGACAACUGAAUUGGGUGAGCGGUAAAAAUUUGGAGUGCAGAAUACACGAGACGAGCCCGGAAGUUAGAGAACUGGUCUAUACGUCAAUAACUGAUCUUUUAAAUAUGGAUUCGGUGAAGGCACCUCAGGAAAAACUUGCGUGUGUUGUUAAUUGCUGCAGUAAUAUUUUUCAAUUACUUCAACAAUCUGUCGGUGGCCCAGCGUCAGCAGAUGAAUUUCUUCCGGCCCUUAUAUUUAUUGUGUUGAAAGCUAAUCCAGCUAGACUUAAAAGUAACAUUAAUUUUAUCACCAGGUUCUGUAAUGCCAGUCGUCUGAUGACUGGAGAAGGCGGAUAUUAUUUUACAAACUUGUGUUGUGCUGUUUCAUUCAUCGAAAAUUUAACCGCGGAAUCAUUAAACAUGACACAAAAAGAUUUCAACGCUUACAUGUCUGGUGAAAGAGUACCGGCAAAUACUUGGGACUCAGCUUUAACUAUUUGCGAAAGUCUGCACAUGAUGUGUGAAGACAUCACGCUACUGGACGAGCUGAAAGCAAAAAACAACGAAAUAGUACGCGAAGCUUUAGAACUAAAGAACGAAAUAAUUGAAUUUCACGCGCGAAUUAAAAAGGAAGUCAACGAUGCAAUCGCUAAAUCUCCUCUAAUUAUUUCAAAAAGCCAACGAGUACCAACAAAUCUUGAUUGCGAUGACUUAGAAUGUUACAAAUUACCACCGCCAAUAAUUCCCCAGUGUAUGACCAACGACGAAACUGACAGCCUGAGAAAUUCUCACGAUUUUAAAAACUCAAUGGACGAUUGUAUUACGCCAUCACCGACGUUUGACUUCCCGCCAUUCGUUGACUGCUGUCUGGAUACGACAAAACCCGACGAUGACACUAGUCUAAUAAGUCUGGAUGUACAGUGCGAUUAUUCGAGCAACGACAAUGACCAAAUGGACAAAACUUCAGAUAAAUUUAUAGACAACUCGCAUGGAUUUACGUCAAACUUACCGUCGCCUUUGACACCAGUGAGUAUAAUUGGUGAAGAUUAUCACGGUUUUACUCUUCAAGGUUCAACCAUUCCGACAAUUCCUUGUAAUACUGGGGAUUUAGCUCACAAUACAACAGACCACGAUACUGACAAUUAUUCAAAUUAUUUUCAAAAUAUUUAAUCCUGAAGUUGUCAGACAAUCAAAAAUUUUACGAUUUUUUUCUCAACAAUUACAAAAAAAAAUUAAAAAAUAAAAAUAUCCAUAUUUAAAAAAUUAAAAAAACUAUAGGUGCAAUUUUUUCAAAUGAUUUAUCGUUUUAAAAACUAAUCCGAAAAUUAUUAGACGUCGGCUCACUUCAGUAUCGUAAUAAUUAAGCCAAUAAUUAAUUAAUAUCUUUUAUUGUUACAUUUUAUUUUUAGUAUUAUAAAGACUCGUUAGUGUUAAGUGCAAUCGCAGAGAGCCAAAAAAAUUUUCUAGCAUUCGACACACUUUUUUGUUAUUAAUUAAUUAAUUUAAUUAAUUAAAUAUAUUAAAUAUUUUAUGUAUUAAUAAAUUAUUUCAGAAUAGAAUUUAAAUAAAUGAUAAAAAUAAUAAUUUAUUAUAGCAGGUGAUAUUCGUUUGAUUUUUUACAAUAGUCAAAUUUAAAUAAUUAUCAAUUAUUGAUGCUUUUAAUUAUCAAGUAAUGGUUAUUUGGUGACACGACCGAUGAUCCGAGGACAAUUGAUCUGCGACAAUUGAUCUUUGCGACGAUUGAUCCGUCGAUAAAAUACGUGUAACAUGAAAAACUACGCCUUUUUUUCACUAAUUUGUGUGUGAGUAUAUUUUUUAUGUUACACGCACACAAAAUUAGUGAAAAAAGAGCGUAAUUUUUCAUGUUACACGCAUUUUAUCCACGGAUCAAUCGUCGCAAGGAUCAAUUGUCGCGGAUCAAUUGUCCUCGGAUCAACGGUCAGGUAAUCGGUAAUUUAUUAAGUAUAAAAGUAAUACUAGUUGAAUUAAAAUUUAUUCUUAGGGCAGUUAUAUUUUGAUUGUUUUAUCGAAUCCGAAUUACGGUAAUUUGCUGUAGUUCAGAUCCACCAGGGCUACAGAAAAAUAAAAGAUUUUGUAGACACAUAAUUCAAAUUUUUUUUUUUACUUAGUACUGAAUUUUAUGUCAUCUGUAAUAAUACUAGACAAAAAAAUCCUCACUAAAAUUUUUAAAAAAUAUGAGUGUUAGAUCUCUGAGAAAAUAAUUAAGUAAAUAGUAAUGACACUAAAAAUAGUGAUAAUUAAUAGUAUAUUACACACCUGGGACAGUAAAGUAAGAAAUGUCUCAGAUCACAUGUAAUUGUUGGCCGAGGUGAAGCCGAGGUCAACAAACUUGUAAUCUGAGGCUUUUUAUUUACUGUCCAAGGUGUCCCUCGCAGAUUUGAAUCACGAUGGAAACACGGUGGAGGUGUAAACACCGUGGAUCCGAAUGGUUACACGGUGAGUUUGUUCCAUUUUACCGCCGUGUAUACACAGUGUAUCCACUGUGUUUUCACCGUGAUUCAAAUCUGCGAGGGCGUGUAAUAUACUAUUGUUUCUAUUUAAAAAUUUAACUUAAAAAAAAAUAAUUUAAAAAGUGGACACAAGUCUUUUGUAUAAAUUUUAAAUAUUUUUUUUUUUAGAUAAAUGUAAUUAUACGUUAAUUAUCUAGUGCACUAUAAAUUAUGUAAAAUAAAUAUGUGAGAUUUAAAAAAGUUAUUUUAUAAAUUAAAAAUAAUUUUUAUUUG